AUGGCUACUCAACAAUCCGCCGAUCCAACCACCCUCUCCAAGGACCAGCAACAAGCCCUCCACCAGGACGAGAUCCUUGCCGAGCUCGAGAUUGCUGGAGGCGCCAAGCCCGUCGUCCCACCCCACCUCCUGGCCAGACUCACUCCUCACGAUACUCCUGACAAGACUCAGCAGGAUAUCGAGAACAAACUGGCUGAAGCCGAAGAGAGGCGCAAGAAACUGGAGGAGGAGCGAGUGCAAAAGGCACACGACAAUGUAAAGCACGCCAAGGAAGUCUCGGAGAAGAACCGCCUCGACCAAGACAUCAACCGUGACGAAUCCAUUGAGCGUCUUCGUGAGAAGCAAGAGAACGCCGAGCGUGUUCGUAACGAACAGGAACGUCUCCGCCUGGCCAAAUUGGAGGAGCGCAAUGCAAAGAUCGCCACUCUGCAAAAGGAUGAGUCUCAAUCGCAAGCAGAUAUCCGUGAGAUCAAGGAGAAGCUGGACCAGGCAGACGCCCGUCGCAAGGCAUUGGAGGACGAAAAGGUCCAAAAGCUGGAGGAACACCUUCAGCGUGUCAAGAAUGUCCGGGAUGCUGACCCUGAGAAGGCCCAAUACGAACAACACAAGGCCGAUCUGGACCAAAAGAUGAAGGCUGUUGAGCAGCGUCGUGUCGAUCUCGAGAACGCCCUCAAGGACAAGAUCCAGGCUCGCCAAGCCCUCGCUGACCAAGUCCGUCAACGCCAAGUCGAGCUCGCCACUGCCGAGAACGCUGCAAACACCGAGGCAAACUAA